GAGAAGCUUAUAAAUUGCAAAUCCCUGAAUCAGCUGUUCUUUUCUUCCAUCUGUUUCUUUCUUACAAUUCAAUAUUUUGAAGAAGAAGGAAUCAGACCAAACACAGAGACCAAAAACGAAGGAGUUUCUCAUCUAUUACAGAGACCCUUCUCUCCUCUGAACAAACAAGAAGAGAGAACUCAUUCUCUUAACCAUGAUCUCAUUAAAUGGAAGCAGUCUUUUGAGCAACACUGGUAUUAGUACUAGUUUCUCUCAAUCAAGAAGAAAUGUUCCUUCUUCACCUUCAAUAGUAAUGGUGGCUCAAUCUAACAAUAAUCCAAAUCGAAAAGAGAAAAAAAUUGGGGCCGUAUCAAGUAAUGGUAGUACUACUUCUGCUGCUGUUAAUGAAAUCAAAGAAAUAGAUUGCAAAUCUACUAUUGCUUCUGGUGGUGUUCAAGAUUUUUAUGGUGAAGAUCAAGCUACUGAAGAUCAACUUGUUACCCCUUGGACUACUUCUGUUGCUAGUGGGUACUCGUUGUUGAGGGAUCCACACCACAACAAAGGGCUAGCUUUCUCUGAGAAGGAGAGAGAUGCUCAUUACUUACGUGGUCUUCUACCACCAACUGUUGUGUCUCAAGAUAUUCAGGUGAAGAAAAUGAUGCACAAUAUGCGUCAAUAUAAAGUUCCAUUGCAACGAUACAUGGCCAUGAUGGAUCUUCAGAACAUGAACGAAAGGCUUUUCUACAAAGUGCUUAUUAACAAUGUGGAGGAAUUACUACCUGUUGUUUACACCCCAACUGUUGGUGAGGCUUGUCAGAAAUACGGAAGCAUAUUUAGACGCCCUCAGGGUCUUUAUAUCAGUUUAAAAGAGAAGGGUAAGAUUCUUGAGGUGCUCAAGAACUGGCCAGAGAAGAACAUCCAAGUCAUUGUCGUCACUGAUGGUGAACGAAUUUUGGGUCUUGGAGACCUUGGUUGCCAGGGAAUGGGAAUACCUGUUGGGAAACUUGCUCUCUAUACUGCACUAGGAGGAAUUCGACCCUCUGCAUCCUUGCCUGUCACCAUCGAUGUGGGAACUAACAAUGAGGCACUGUUGAAGGACGAUUUCUACAUUGGACUCAGGCAAAAGAGAGCAACUGGCCAGGAAUAUUCUGAGCUUCUAGAUGAAUUCAUGUCCGCUGUCAAACAAGUCUACGGGGAGAAAGUCCUGAUACAGUUUGAAGACUUCGCAAAUCAUAAUGCUUUUGAGCUACUAGCAAAAUACCGAAAAACUCAUCUCGUCUUCAAUGAUGAUAUACAGGGGACAGCAUCUGUUGUCCUUGCAGGAAUUGUUUCAGCCUUGAAGUUAGUUGGUGGGACUUUAGCUGAGCACACGUUUUUGUUUCUUGGUGCUGGAGAGGCUGGUACAGGUAUUGCUGAACUCAUUGCUCUCGAGAUGUCAAAACAGACCAAAGCUCCAAUUGAAGAGACUCGAAAGAAGAUUUGGCUUGUAGACUCCAAGGGAUUGAUUGUGAAGUCUCGCAAAGAAUCACUUCAGCAUUUCAAGGAACCAUGGGCACAUGACCAUGAACCUAUUAGGAAUCUCUUGGAUGCUGUGAAGUCAAUCAAGCCGACUGUACUGAUUGGAUCAUCUGGAGUUGGGCAAACAUUCACAAAAGAGGUCGUUGAGGCCAUGUCUUCCUUUAAUGAGAAACCUGUAAUUCUUGCUCUAUCGAAUCCAACCUCCCAAUCAGAGUGUACAGCCGAACAGGCAUACAGCUGGAGUAAUGGCCGUGCAAUUUUUGCUAGUGGAAGUCCAUUUGAUCCUGUAGAAUUCAAUGACAGAGUGUUUGUGUCUGGCCAGGCCAACAACGCUUACAUAUUCCCUGGAUUUGGUCUGGGUUUGAUCAUGUCAGGUGCCAUCCGUGUUCACGACGACAUGUUAUUAGCAGCAUCCGAGGCUCUAGCAGCAGAGGUGAGCCAAGAAAAUUAUGAUAAUGGUCUAAUUUACCCACCAUUUUCUGAUAUCAGAAAGAUAUCUGCUCAAAUUGCUGCUAAAGUAGCUGCAAAGGCAUAUGAACUUGGUUUGGCAACUCGUCUCCCUCAGCCACUGAAUCUUGUUCAGUAUGCUGAGAGCUGUAUGUACAGCCCAGACUACCGAAGUUACAGGUGAUCCAACUGGUUCAAAGUUUUGUUUUCUUUCAGGGUUUUUACAAACUGUAAGCUUUUUUUUUAUGUCAAGAUAUUUUCAUUCUUUUUUCUCUUGUGUUGUAUUUGAUUUCUCAUAUGAGAAGAAAAAAGUUGGUAGGUUUUGGUUGUAGGAGUCUUGGUAAAUUGGGUAGAACUGGUGUGUGUGGGUGAUUCAAAUUUAAAGUGACUGUAAGAAUAUUAUUGUACGUGAAAUAAUUAUAGUCUGUUAGUCGAUUUAUCAGAAAACUUUGCGGAUUUUGAAA